AUGUCCACAUCUUCCCCAGAAGACUACCGUGCUUCUACAUCGUCAUCGGAAGAUUUAUCUCCCGAAUCUAAUUCAAAAAACUCGAAAAACUGUCAAGUUUGCGGUCAAACGGCUCAUGGACUCCAUUUCGGAGCAGUCACUUGCAGAGCAUGUGCCGCUUUUUUUUCGGUGAGUUCUUUUUUUCAAGCAUUGAAUGGUAUUAAGCUUUCAUUCUUUAGAAGAGUAGCUGCCGGUGCGAACUUUGUAAUUAAAUGCGGAAAAGGUGGAGGAAAAUGUGAAAUUAUUACAAAUGGAAGGUCCUGUUGUAAAAAGUGUCGUUUAAAGAAGUGCAAGGAUAUUGGAAUGGAUAUUAAAAAUUUCCAAUUCGAUCGAGACCCAUUGAGCACCACAAAACAAGUAACACCUUCCUUGGCUAUGUUUCUUGGACGACCUCAAUUUAUAAUACUCUGUGACCCGGAAACAGCUGCUUCCAACUCAAAAACCACUUUCAUAGAUGUAUCGAGUCUUCUUUCGAAUGCUAAGAGUGUAUUGUUGGAUAAGAAUAAAAUUCCUCAAGCUCUUGGACAGAAUCGUCUCCGAAAGUUAUCUACUGCUUUGAAUAUUGAUCGAUUCUCAGUUACUCCAGAAGAAGACUUUCAAGAAAUAACUACUAUCGGAUUGAAGGAGACAAUCAGUUUUUGGGAACACGAUCUGGUGACAGUUUCAAAAUGGUUGACUCAUUUCUAUGAGUUCCAGGAUCUCAAUCAAGAUUUCAAGCUGAAAUACCUUAAAACAAUAUGGUUUGUAUGGGAUAGACUGGAAAAACUAGGCCGUACUGCAAUGUUUAUGAAAAGGAAGUCAGCAGUUGCAUGGGAUAAAACAGCAAUAUUUCUAGCGGAGAAUUACAAACUGGAUUUAAAUAAAAUGAAGUUGGAUAUCGAAUGGUUCACGAAUUAUUCUUUGGAGCAGGUUGCAUACUACAUCGAAGGCGUUGGGGACUGGUCAACAUUCACAACUAUUCAACCAAUACUUGAUCUAGACCCAACGGAUGUUGAGAUGAACUACAUGCUUGCUCAAAUCUCAUUUUCUUAUGCUGCUAAAGAAUUGGAAGGAGAAUUCUCGGAAAUCGCUGAAAAGUUUCUGCAGUUAAUUGCCGAUGACCUCCACAAUUAUUACACAAGAGAAAUGGGCGUGUCAAGAUAUUCGGAUCGAGUUCUGAAAAUGAUGAAAUCACCUGACCUAGAAGAAAAAGAUAUUCCUAACUGCAAAGUGUGUGGACAGCCAUCACACGGUAUUCAUUUUGGAGCGGUCACCUGUAGAGCGUGUGCUGCUUUUUUUCGGCGAACAGCAUUAGGUCCAAAAUUCGUUCUGAAAUGUCGUUCUGGAAACGGACAGUGUAACGUUACUUCUAAUGGAAGGGUUUGUUGUAAAAUGUGUCGAUUGGAAAAAUGCAGGAAGAUUGGAAUGGAUAUAAAAAAUUUUCAACUCGAAAGGGACCCUCUAAGAUGCACUCAAAAAAUCACGCCUUCGCUCGCAAUAUUUCUAGGAAGACCUCAAUUUCUGAUUCAUUGUGAUCCCGAGACAGCAUCUUCAUCAUCGAAAAUAACAUUCAUCGAUUUAUCAGAACUUCUACAACAUACCACACGCAUACUAGAAACUGGAGUCAAGUCCAAACGGCAGCAAAAUCGGUUGCAAAAGUUAUCAGAUGGUGUUGACAUCAAUAGAUUCACAUAUAAUUUGGAAGAAGAUUUCAAAUUAUUCAAUCAGAUUGGAUUAAAUGAAGCGGUUAGCUUGUUUGAGCAUGAUCUACUCGCUGUGACUAACUGGUUGAUUCAUUUCGAGGAGUUUCAGGAUCUAAGUCUUGAUGUGAGGCUCACGUUCAUCAAAUCAUUUUGGCAUCUUUGGAAUCGUUUGGAAAAAGUGGGUCGUACUGCCAUGUUUAUGAAAAACCGACCGGAAUCCGUGUGGAAUGAAGUCCCAGUUCUUUUAGCGGAUAAUUGUGUUCUAGACGUAAGAAAAGUGAAGUUGGAUAUCAGUUGGUUAAGCAAUUAUAGUGUUGAACAAGUUGGAUUUUAUAUCGAAGGAGUGGGUGAUAUGAGUCUCUUUACUCCAUUACAGCCUAUUCUGGACUUGGCUCCAACUGAAGUUGAGCUCAAUUAUAUGUUGGCUGAAAUCUCAUUCUCUCACGCAGCAAAACAAUUAGGAGGGAAAUAUUCCGAAAUCGCUGAAAACUUGCUGAAUCUUCUAGCUGAUGAUCUUCACCGAUACUACAUGGAAGAGAAGGGACUGACAAGAUAUUCGGAUCGAAUUGCCAAGAUGAUGAAAAUGUGCUCACCAACUUUGUUAUCUGAAUCCUCCCAAUCGAGUUUGUCUCCCGAAUACAAUGAAUCCUGUCAGGUUUGUGGUCGAACUGCUCAUGGACUCCAUUUCGGAGCAGUCACGUGUAGAGCAUGUGCAGCUUUUUUUCGAAGAGUAGCUGCCGGUGCAAACUUUGUAAUAAAAUGCAGAAAAGGUGGAGGAAAAUGUGAAAUUAUUAAAAAUGGGAGGUCCUGCUGUAAAAAGUGUCGUUUAAAGAAGUGCAAGGAUAUUGGAAUGGAUAUUAAAAAUUUUCAGUUUGAUCGUGAUCCUUUACGUUUUUCCCUCAAAAUCACCCCUUCCCUUGCAAUGCUUCUCGGCAGGCCACAGUUUUUGUUGUGUUACGACUCACAACCUGGUAACACGAAUUCAACUUAUAUUGAUAUGUCGGAACUUCUUCGCAAGGCUUCUAGAACUUUCACAAAAGGACCCAACGUAUGCUCAGGUCAGAAUCGACUACAGAAACUAUCCAUGGCUCUCAAUCUGAAUAUAUUCACAAAAAAUGAAGACAUAUAUUACACUCUGAUAACGACCAUUGGUUUCGAAGAAUCCAAGAGUAUAUGGGAGCAUGAUUUGUUAACGACCGCCAAGUGGUUAACCUAUUUUGAUGAGUUUCAGGAUCUUCAGUUAAAUGUUAAGAUGACAUUUUUGAAAACGAUGUGGAUUGUUUGGAAUCGUCUGGAAAAACUAGCCACCUCUGCACUCUACUUAAAGCACAACAGCAAUAAACUCUCUGAUCCGUGUAGUGUUUUGAUAACUCAUGACUGUAUAUUGGAUGUCAGAAAUAUGAAAUUAGAUAUAAGAUGGCUCACAAAGUAUAGUCUAAAUGAUAUUGCCUACUACAUCGAAGGUGUUGGCGAUUGGUCACUUUUUCAAUCCAUUCAACCAAUAAUAGAUCUAAAUCCAACAGAAGUUGAGCUCACUUACAUGCUAGCCGAAAUCUCAUUCUCCUACGCAGCAAAACAACUGGGAGGUCAAUAUUCUGGAAUUUCUGAGACUUUUCUGAAAAUUCUAGCGGAUGAUCUCCACAGUUACUACACAGAAGAACGUAAAAACGUGAGAUAUUCGGAUCGUGUUGUGAAAAUGAUGAAAGUGAACAACUCAGUGAUGCGAGUUCUUUUGCUGAGAAGAGAGAAAUUGGAAAUUGCCAGAACUUUUGAUAUUUUCAGUGCUAAAUUUUCAGAACCGGAUAUGUUUAAAGAAGUUUUCUGA